AUGAUUGAAUGGAAUGAUAUUUAUUCAAUCUAUUUUACAAAAGCUAAAAAUAUUUCUACAUUAUCAUUAAAUAUUAUUGGAAUAACACAUAAUGGAUAUUUUAUUGAAAUAAGAAAUUCUGAACCAUACAAAACAAUAUCACUAUUUGAUGCACAAAAAAUUGUUUUAACACAAGAAAAUUCAAAUUACUUGUUAAAAAUAAUUGAUAAUGAUGAUAAAGUUAUUCGUUAUCAACUUAAUGAAAAUAUUACACUAACAGAAGGGAUGGUCUCAACAAAACAUUUCUUACAAUUUAUGGUUAAUUAUUAUUCUCAAUUAAUUGAGAUAUGUGGAAUGGAUAUUUUUGAUGAAAGAAUCUUAAGAAGGAGAAUAGAUGAAAGUGAUGUUGAUGAUGCAUAUGACUCUGCUUCUAAUAUUAGUGAAUAUUUUGAAUAA